AUGAAGAAAAAGCCCUCCCCAGGAGUCUCAUCCUCGUUAACGGGCAUGGCGUUAGCAGUUAGGCAACUCGCUGCGGUGUACGAACAAGUGGAGCGCGCCAAGCUGGAGCGGCUGCUGGAAACGGAGAGAAUGCGGAUGGAGCUGAGCAAAGACAUGGAAGCGCAGAUGAUGCAGAUGCAAGUCGACAUGGCGCGAGCAAGCGGUGCUCCUAGGUACAGUUUUGAUGCUGGUGGUGGUGGUGCUGCUGCUGCUGCUGCUGCUGCUCCUGUUGGUGCUGGUGGCGCUGGCGGUGCUUGUGGUGGUCUUACGGAUGGGCUGGUGGGUAGCAUCCAUGAGGAUUGCGUUGGUGGUGGUAACCAGAAAGACAGUCUUGAUGGUGGGAAUCAAGAGCCAGUGAGCAGCAGCAGGCUAGAUGAUACUGCUGGACGUGCAGCUGGUUUUGAUGGCAAUGGUGCCAAUGGUGGUCAGGGCCUAAGUGGUUCAGGGAAAGAGGAGACAUUCAACUUCUCGACGCCUGCAGGGAACAUGUUGAAUCCGUCAACCAUUGAGAGUCUACAGACAACAGCAACGCCCAAUCCAUUGUUUAGUCUGUUCCGCACUCCUCCUCGCCUCCGCAUCGCUGAGUGCAUGAGUGCCCGCUUGGAGCUUCUCAUUGACCCUUGCCCACGCUCUCCCACGUUAACCACACAUCCCCUCGUCGCAAUUGCUAGUAGUAAACAUACUGCGCUUCAGAUCGUCAACCGCGCUCCCCUCAUCACCCUCGUUGACCCACACCGAUCCUCGCCGCCCUCACCUCCCUUGGUCACCGACAUUCCCUCUCGUCGCUCGCGCUUUCCCUCAUCACCCGUGCCGACCCUCGCCGCCCUCGCCUCCCCUCGUCGCCCGCGCGUCCCGUCGUCGGGCUUGCCUCCCAGUCACUCGCGCUUCCCCUUGUCAUCCGCGGGUGGGACAGAUGGGGAGGAACAGAUGGGGAGGAACAGAUGGGGAGAAACAGAGGUGGUCGCUUCCGCCACCACAAUCGAACAGCGUUUUGAUUCCCUCUCUGCUCCCCACCAUCCUCCCCCCAGCUCUCUCCCCGGCAUCUGCCCCCGUUCCCCCCAUCCUCUUCCCUGUUUCCCCGUAUCCCCUGCCGUGCUUCCCCCCAUCCUAUCCCCUCUUACCCCGUAUCCCAUGCCCUGCUUCCCCCCAUCCCCUUCCCUGCUUCCCCCCAUCCCCUUCCCUACUUCCCCCCAUCCCCUUCCCUGCUUCCCCUCAUCCCCUUCCCUGCUUCCCCUCGUCCCCUCCCCUGCUUUCCCCCAUCCCCUUCCCUGCUUCCCUCCAUCCCCUUCCCUGCUUUCCCCCAUCCCCUGCCCUGCUUCCCCCCAUCCCCCUCCCUGCUUCCCCCCAUCCCCUUCCCUGCUUCCCCCCAUCCCCUUCCCUGCUUCACCCCAUCCCCUUCCCUGCUUCCCCCCAUCCCCUUCCCUGCUUCCCCCCAUCCCCUUCCCUGCUUCACCCCAUCCCCUUCCCUGCUUCCCCCCAUCCUCUCCCCUGCUUCCCCCCAUUCCCUCCCCUUCUUCCCCCCACCCCCCUCCCUGUUUCCCCCCAUCCCCUUCCCUGCUUCCCCCCAUCCCCUUCCCUGCUUCCCCCCAUCCCCUUCCCUGCUUCCCCCCAUCCCCCUCCCUGCUUCCCCCCAUCCCCUUCCCUGCUUCCCCCUUUCCCUUUCCCUGCUUCACCCCAUCCCCUCCCCUGCUUCCCCCCAUCCCGUCCCGUGCUUCCCCCCAUCCCCUUCCCUGCUUCCCCCCAUCCCCUUCCCUGCUUCCCCCCAUCCCCUUCCCUGCUUCCCCCCAUCCCGUCCUGUGCUUCCCCCCAUCCCCUUCCCUGCUUCCCCCCAUCCCCUUCCCUGCUUCCCCUCAUCCCCUUCCCUGCUUCCCCUCGUCCCUUCCCCUGCUUCCCCCCAUCCCCUUCCCUGCUUCCCCCCAUCCCCUUCCCUCCUUCCCCCCCUGCUGCCUCCCAUCACUCUCAUUCUCCUUCCUCCCGCACUCACACCUCUCAGUCCUCUCGCACUCUCUCUCUCCGUCCUCUCGCACUCGCACUCUCCUCCCCACCACCCUCAGCCCUCCUUCCCCUCACACCCACCCAUGUUCCCACCUGCCCUCCCCAUCCCUGCCUUUCCCUCCCUGCCCUGCCCUUCCCUUCUCCAUCCCUUCUCAAACCUUCCCUUUCAUGUCAUGCCCUCACCUUCCCCCUCAUCUUCCGCCCUCCAUUGUUCCCUUGGCACCUCACACCACUUCCCCCAUGUUCCACACACAAUUCUUUCUGCCUACUCCACUCUCCAAAUUUUCAGUGGUGAAGCAGAGGAGCAAGCUGAGGCGCAGCUAG